AUGGAAUAUCAGAUAUUGAAAAUGUCUCCCAGCCUGCUCAUCCUUCUGUUUCUCACACCUGGUAUUUUAUGCAUUUGUCCUCUCCAAUGUACAUGCACAGAGAGGCACAGGCAUGUGGACUGUUCGGGCAGAAACUUGACUACAUUACCAUCUGGACUGCAAGAGAAUAUUAUCCAUUUAAAUCUGUCUUAUAACCACUUUACUGAUCUGCAUAACCAGUUAACCCAAUACACCAAUCUGAGGACCCUGGAUAUUUCAAACAACAGGCUUGAAAGCCUGCCUGCUCAGUUACCUCGGUCCCUCUGGAACAUGUCUGCUGCUAACAACAACAUUAAACUGCUUGACAAAUCUGAUACUGCUUAUCAGUGGAACCUUAAAUAUCUGGAUGUUUCUAAGAAUAUGCUGGAAAAGGUUGUCCUCAUUAAAAAUACACUAAGAAGUCUUGAGAUUCUCAAUCUCAGUGAUAACAAACUUUGGACAGUUCCAACCAACAUGCCCUCCAAACUACAUAUCGUGGACCUGUCUAACAAUUCCUUGACACAAAUCCUUCCAGGAACAUUAAUAAACCUGACAAAUCUCACACAUCUUUACCUGCAUAACAAUAAGUUCACAUUCAUUCCAGAUCAAGCUUUUGACCAACUCUUUCAGUUGCAAGAGAUAACCCUUUACAAUAACAGGUGGUCAUGUGACCACAAACAAAACAUUACUUACUUAUUGAAGUGGAUGAUGGAAACAAAAGCCCAUGUGAUAGGGACUCCCUGUUCUAGCCAAAUAUCAUCUUUGAAGGAACAUAACAUAUACCCCACACCUUCUGGAUUUACCUCAAGCUUGUUCACUCUAAGUGGGAUGCAGACAGUGGACACCAUUAACUCUCUGAGUAUGGUAACUCAAUCGAAAGUGACCAAAACACCCAAACAAUAUCGAACAAAGGAAACAACGUUUGGUGCCACUCUAAGCAAAGACACCACCUUUACGAGCACUGACAAGGCUUUUGUGCCCUAUCCAGAAGAUACAUCCACAGAAAUGAUCAAUUCACAUGAAGCAGCAGCUGCAACUCUAACUAUUCAUCUCCAAGAUGGAAUUGUUACAAACACAAGCCUCACUAGCUCAACAAAAUCAUCCCCAACACCCAUGACCCUAAGUAUCACCAGUGGCAUGCCAAAUAAUUUCUCUGAAAUGCCUCAACAAAGCACAACCCUUAACUUACGCAGGGAAGAGACAACCACAAACGUAAAGCCUCGCUUACCUUCUGUGGCAAGUGUUUGGAAAGUGAAUGCUUCGUUUCUCUUAAUGCUCAGUGCUGUGGUCAUGCUGGCUGUCUGAGGGUCUGCAUUUUCUGAAACUAGUGAAAGAACUCCUCUCUGAUGUAUAGUUGAGAAAUAUGCCCCUAUCUAACCAGUGAUUCAAGCUAUAUUAAGUAUUCAAGGAAGCCAGUCUUACAUUUCUGACUCUGAUGUAAAUGAAGUAACUUGUCUUAAAUAAAAGAAGUGCACAAUGUCUUGGUACUUGCUGCUAUUUUACUGUCUUAAUUAAGUAAAACUAAUGAGUUUCUUUUUUUAAAAAUGAAAUGUUUUCUUUUUAAGGCUUCAAUUUAUUGCACAAAAUAUAAAGCAUUUAAAAUUUAAUAAGUAUUUUAUGUAUGUUUACACUGUCAAACAUCUGGGAAAAAAAUAAAAGGUCUAUGCUCAUAACUGUGUCAUUUGGCUUUCUAGUCAUACCAACUUAAUCUACUUAGUAGACUCAAAAUGACCUAUUUCUGUUCUAAGGUACCUGGGUAAAGUCUUCAUCAUAAAUGAAAUGUUAGACGUAUCCAAAGAUUGUGCCACUAAAGUAAAACUGUGGUUGCCACCCAGU